AUGGUCUCCCUGCUGUCAUCUGAGUCAGAGAUGAAGACACAGGUAGUAUCAGAUCUGGAAUGGGUUUUCCUGGAUCCUUACCUGCUGGGGAGGUAUGAUGGCUUGAAGCUCUUUGGAGCACGGAGGAGAAAGCUUCUCUCUUUCCCACCCCCAGGUGACGUUGUGGACAUCUACCAGCGGGAGUUUCUCGCCCUCCGGGACCGCCUGCACGCAGCCGAGCAGGAGAGCCUGAAGCGCUCCAAGGAGCUCAACCUGGUCCUGGAGGAGAUCAAGAGAGCCAUCUCAGAGAAGCAGGCCCUGCGGGAUAUAAACCGCACCUGGAGCAGCUUAUCUGACGAAACCAAGUUAAAACUGUGGAAUAUCACCAACAAGAAUGUGCUGCACCUCCCCACCAUCUUCCAUCAUUUGCCACAUUUGCUGUCAAAGGAGACCAGUCUGCAGCCAGCCGUGCAUGUGGGACAGGGGCGCACUGGAGUGUCCGUUGUGAUGGGAAUUCCCAGCGUGAAGCGGGAGGUGCAUUCCUACCUCACUGACACCCUCAACUCCCUCAUCUCAGAGCUCACGCAGCAGGAGAAGGAGGACUCUGUCAUCGUUGUCCUCAUUGCUGAGACGGACCCGCAGUACACAGCCGGCGUGGCAGACAGCAUCAAAAACCUAUUCCCUAAGGAAAUACACUCAGGUCUCCUAGAAGUAAUUUCCCCAUCUCCACAUUUCUAUCCUGAUUUCUCCCACCUGCGGGAAUCCUUUGGGGACCCCAAGGAAAGAGUCAGGUGGAGGACAAAGCAGAACCUCGACUACUGCUUUUUAAUGAUGUAUGCCCAGUCCAAAGGCAUCUAUUACGUGCAGCUGGAGGAUGAUAUUGUGGCCAAACCAAACUAUCUCAGCACGAUGAAGAACUUUGCCUUGCAACAGCCCUCUGAGGAGUGGAUGAUCCUGGAGUUUUCUCAGCUGGGGUUUAUUGGAAAAAUGUUCAAGUCUCUGGAUCUGAGCUUGAUUGUGGAGUUCAUCUUGAUGUUCUAUAAGGACAAACCCAUUGACUGGCUGCUGGAUCACAUCCUUUGGGUGAAAGUCUGCAACCCUGAGAAAGAUGCAAAACACUGCGACAGGCAGAAGGCAAACCUGAGGAUCCGCUUCAAGCCCUCGCUCUUCCAGCAUGUGGGAACCCACUCCUCCUUGGCUGGGAAGAUACAGAAGCUGAAGGACAAGGACUUUGGCAAGCAGGCCCUGCGGAAAGAGCACGUCAACCCUCCAGCAGAGGUGAGCACCAGCCUGAAAACCUACCAGCACUUCACCUUGGAGAAGGCUUACCUGCGGGAGGACUUCUUCUGGGCCUUCACUCCCACUGCUGGUGACUUCAUCAGAUUCAGAUUCUUCAAACCCAUCCGCAUCGAAAGGUUCUUCUUCCGCAGCGGGAACAUCGAGCACCCAGAAGACAAACUCUUCAAUACAACUGUGGAGGUUUUGCCGUUUGACAGCCUGCAGUCUGAUAAAGAAGCCUUGCAGGAGGGAAGAGGAACAGUUGUCAAAUACCGCAGGACAACGGAUGGCUACAUCCAGAUAGGCUCCUUCUCCAAGGGUGUUGCAGAGGGCGAGGUGGACGCAUCCUUCGGGCCCCUGGAGGCCAUCAGGCUCUCCAUCCAGACUGACUCCCCAGUGUGGAUCAUCUUGAGCGAGAUUUUCAUAAAAAAAGCUGAGUGA